UUUCUCUUCUGUGGAGGAAAAUUUUCAAGCUGCUUACAUUCCAAAUACCGUCCAAACCCAUCAAUCUUUUUCAUCAAUCAAUCCUUCAAUGGCUCUAAAGCUUUCUCCUUUCACCGCCCAAUCGCACAAAGUUCCUUCAUUUGCUCUUCCUCAAAUGGCCAGUCUCAGAUCUCCCAAGUUUUCCAUGGCUUCCACUCUUCGCUCUAACUCCAAGGAGGUUGAGAGUCUUAAGAAGCCUUUUACACCUCCUCGCGAGGUGCAUGUUCAAGUCACCCACUCAAUGCCUCCCCAAAAGAUUGAGAUCUUUAAGUCUUUGGAGGGUUGGGCUGAGGAGAACAUUUUGGUUCACCUGAAGCCAGUUGAGAAAUGUUGGCAACCACAAGAUUUUCUGCCAGAUCCUGCUUCUGAUGGAUUUCAUGAUCAAGUCAAGGAACUGAGGGAGAGGGCAAAAGAGAUUCCAGAUGAUUACUUUGUUGUUUUGGUCGGAGACAUGAUCACAGAAGAAGCCCUUCCUACUUAUCAAACAAUGCUUAAUACCUUGGAUGGAGUUCGUGAUGAAACAGGUGCAAGCCCGACUUCUUGGGCUGUUUGGACCAGGGCAUGGACUGCUGAAGAGAAUAGGCAUGGAGACCUUCUCAAUAAGUAUCUCUACUUGAGCGGACGAGUAGACAUGAGACAAAUUGAGAAGACAAUUCAGUAUUUGAUUGGAUCCGGAAUGGACCCCCGGACAGAGAACAGUCCCUACCUUGGUUUCAUCUAUACUUCAUUCCAAGAAAGGGCAACCUUUAUUUCGCAUGGAAACACUGCUCGUCAUGCCAAGGAGCAUGGAGACAUGAAAUUGGCUCAAAUAUGUGGUAUAAUUGCUGCUGAUGAGAAGCGCCAUGAGACUGCCUACACCAAGAUAGUGGAAAAGCUCUUUGAGAUUGAUCCCGAUGGAACUAUCAUGGCUUUUGCCGACAUGAUGAGGAAGAAAAUCUCUAUGCCAGCUCACUUAAUGUAUGAUGGCCGUGAUGAUGACCUUUUUGAGCACUUCUCAGCUGUUGCUCAGCGGCUUGGUGUCUACACCGCAAAGGACUAUGCAGACAUAUUGGAAUUCUUGGUGGGCAGAUGGAAGGUUGAUCAGCUAACCGGACUUUCAGGGGAUGGGCGGAAAGCUCAAGACUAUGUUUGCGGGUUACCUCCAAGAAUCAGAAGGCUGGAAGAGAGGGCUCAAGGACGUGCCAAGCAAGGACCCAUCUUUCCAUUUAGUUGGAUUUUCGACAGACAAGUACAGCUCUAAGUGCAAACUCAAAUAACAUCUCCAGUUUCGCUGCUUGUCGUAUCCUCACACAACGAUAAACUAGAGGUAUAAAAUUUCCAAUCAAGUUUUCUCGUGUAUUGGUUUAUUGUUAUGUGUGAAGAGAAUCGGUGGUGGGCGAGCGACUAUGCCUGAGGUUGUAGAUACAGUUGUUUCUCAUGUUGUGCCAUUAGAUAUGCGGAUAGGGGCAGCUGCGGUUUCGUUGUUUAUGUUUUUUUUUUUUUUUUGACUGUUUUUCUCUUUGUAUGAGCUUGUUUUCUUUCAAUAGUUUGUCUGAGUGUAAGCAAAGCAAAUAAUCUUCAUGGCAAUUUUGAUGGUGGUGGUGACAAUGAUAAUCAUAAUCUCUGCUAGUUCAAUAUGGAUCAACUCGCUGUGAUAAUAAUAAUUGUCAUGAUCAGAUUCCAAAGUCGAUUUUAUAUUUUGCUUCUAGCUGUUCUUUUAGGGGAUGUCUAAUACUACUGCCAUGGGGACAAUAAAAAUGUCAUGAAGGUCCACUCUAUGUAACAAGUUUUAUGUUCACUGUUAUGAUUAUGUGUGAAUACCAUUCAA